GAGUAUAUGAGCUUCCACAACAUCAUUCGCAUGGAAGAAAGACAAAUUUCAUACCGAAGGUGACGGGACUUUGUGCCUCCAGCGCAUUAAAAAUGGAUUUCUUCUCAAGAUAGAUAACCAUAAAAUGCAGCUUUAUAUGCAGUUGUAUUUUAACCAUAAGCAUGGGAAACAAAAGCUCUAUUUUUCGCUCAAAUAAAGUCAGAAAUGCGAGAGCAAGGACAACCGAUUCAGAGAACGAAGCCAUAGGCCAUGACAGAUUUCCUAGUGAUCAUGAAGUUAGAGUUCCUGUCGACUAUCCUUCAAAAGCCAGGAGACCACUAUCAAUAUCACUGAAAUCGAUCGGAUCGUUUCGUAUACGAAAGAACAGAGGAACAAGCAUACGAAAAACCACUAGUUUGCAAUCUGCAGUCUCAGUUCGUAUGGAUCCGGAAACUGAGAAAUUGAGAAAAGAUUUUGAUCAAUAUAAAUCGGAAAAGGAAUCCGAAAUCGGUAUGUUAACAAAACAAUGUGAAAUGACAAUGAGCGAGAACCGAAGGCUUCGAGGGGAAUUGAAGAUGCUGCAAACAACAUGCACGAAGCUCAAGCGUGAGAGGGACAGAGCUCUAGUUGCAGAAAGGGAUGCUUUGGAACGUUCUUCAGCAAUUGAAACAGAAAGGGACAAGGUCCAGCGGCAAUUCAAGUUGUUCAGAGACACAAAAGCCAAUGAGCUUCAAACUUUAUUAAAGGAGAAAUGUCAUCUUGAGACCCGGUUAAUGAAGUAUGUAAAUAUCCAUGAAACAGAGACUGAAAGCAAUCCAGUGGGGCAUGAAUUUUUUGGUGAAGGUGGAGAGAUCUUGGGCAAUGUAAAUGAUAUAGCCAAUGCUGUUGCUGCAUUCGACAUGGAGUCAACUGCUGGUGCAAGUAAUCCAUUGGUGUUCAAGGGUGUAGAACAUAGUCAUUUUGGAAGUGAAAAUCAAGAACCAUAUACCAAUAUUAGAAAAGGAGACUGGGAUUCAGUUGUUCAAAAUUUGGUAAAGUCAUUAAAUGCAAGCAUCAUGAGCAUUCCACUGAACAAUGUAUACAGAGUUUACAUUGCGUCUAGUGAUGAUCUGGUCAGUGAAGUAGAUCUGCUCGUAGAGCAACAUUACCCAAAACUGAUGCAACAAUGUGAGUUUGAGGGGCGAUUUCUUUUGAUGCAAAAUAUUUCAAACAGCGCAUGGGUCAAAGCAACAGAGAAGACCUUUUUCCAGGAUUUGAAUGAAAGUCUUUGCAACAGGAAUAAGCUUGUUGAAGAGUCAGAUGUAUUCAUUUGCUUCCUGGGUACAGAAAUAAGCGACAUCACUGUAGAAGAUAUCAGAGUUGGUAUGAAGCGAAAAACCGGUAUCAAAUACAACAUAUUCUGUGUCAAAGGCGAUGAAAAUACCAGUGACGUGGGAGCAUAUCUUGGCAAUGAAUUAUGGGAAAAUAUUAUUUCAAAUAACAGAACUACGGUGAUAUAUUGCAAUACUGACGACGGUAUCAUGGCUGCAAAGGCAUUUGAAUCAGUAGAUCAUAUAAUUAAGAGAUUUUUAAAGGAGCAACCAGAUCAUAGCAUGGGAAUGUCUUCAAAGUCAGAAGAAGUCGACUGUUGCCCCGGAUUUGGAUGGGAUAUCUAUGGAGAUUUUGAGCAGCGUGAAGCGUUGAAGUAUCACGCGAAUGAGAGCGCCAAUGCCCCAAGGCUUCAACAGUACUUUGAUCAGCUGAACGAGCAUGUCACUUUUGAUGGUCCUGUCCAACCGUUGCUGGUGACUGGCCCUAGUGGAUCUGGCAAAUCCUUCCUGUUAUCAAGAUGGAUUCAAGCACAGCAAGUGGAAAUGAGUGGAGCGUGCUUAUUGUACCAUUUUGUCGGAUCUCCGUCUACAUUCAGUGCAGAUCUCAUACAAAUCAUGCGGCGUUUUACUCUGCAGCUGCUACAGCAACUACCAUCCACUUGCAAUCCAUCAAAACUGGAUGAAGAUUUUCCCAAGUUCCUGGAUCGAGCCAUUUCUCGAUAUCCGAAUGGUAUCACUUUGGUCAUUGAUAAUGCUGAUAAUCUUCAGGGUUUGAAUAUGUUCAUGAAAUGGGUUCUCGACCCCCUGCCAGUUGGCUGUCGUGUUGUGAUUUCUGUUGGCACUGACGAUUACCCAAGGGAGUGGAGAUCGUUGCCAAAGCUAGAGAUGAAGCCCUUUGAAGAAGAGGAAACGAAAGACAUUUUACAAUCGCUGUGGAUGAACGAGAAGAUAGCAUUGUCACCUGACUUGAUGAAUAACAUUCAAAACUCAUUUAAAAAAGAUGCAGUGGAGAACCCUCUCUUCCUUACCAUAACUUGCAAAAUUCUCUCGAGAUGUAAAUCAUAUCAAGAAAUAAGCAGUGAAAUUGCGAAAUUCCAGAAAUUCUCGGAUUUGACAGAACUUUAUCUAGUUAUGAUCGAAGAUUUAGAAGAUCAAUACGGAAUAACAUAUUUGAAAAAUAUUCUUCUGCACAUCUACUUUGCGAGAAACGGUUUGGUUGAAGCGGAAUUGAAUAAGCUUUUUGACAUUCCAUUGCUCACUUGGGUGCAAAUGCAGAAAGAGUUCUCUGAUCGUGUGUUUUUCACUAAUUUCGGAGGAUUUAUUUGCUUUGCAAAUGGGAAGGUCGUUAGUGCCGUCGAGAAGUAUUACAAUCUAAUUGAUAACCAAAAUGAGGUGGAAAUAGUUAGAGGGAACCUUAUCCAGUACUUUAAAAGCAAAGACACACCAACACAAGUGACGUAUCGGGUGGCCGAUGAGCUACCGUGGCUUUUGUUAAAGAGUGGUCAAUUGGAAACACUAAAACACGUCAUAAGCUGUGUGGCGAUUUUUGUUCGCUUAUUUAGAAAAGGUCGCACUGCUGAACUUAUUGGGUACUGGAAGAAUUUAAAUCUUGAUGUAGCAGCUAUGUCAAGUUUUUAUUACGAUUCUAUCAAAGCUAUGGAAAACGAUCCAGUGUUUGGAGUGAAAACCCCUCAGCUUUACGAUACACUGGGAAACUUCCUUCGAGAACUUGGCCUGCUAUCACAGGCUUUACGACCCCUGGAGCGGAGUUUAGAACUAAGAGAGUCAUCUUUAGACCCUGAUGAUCCAAGCAUCGGGCAGUCGUUUCACCAUUUAGGUGGCCUCUACACGCAGUGGAAAAAAUUCAGUACUGCAGAGACGAUGUUUAAGCAAGCUCUGGAAAUCAAAGAGAACGCUUAUGGUCCUGAUCACUCGUCGGUGGCAAAGGAACUAGAAGCUUUGGCAAUGUUGUAUCUGAUUCAGGAAAAGGCAUCAAUGGCGGAACCACUUCGUAAAAGAGCGUUGCAAAUCAACCAGAAAUCAACCCGAGAGCAUUCUGCCAGUUCCUCUACAAAGAUUUUAAAACGCUGUGGAGAAGAGAUAUUUGAUAUCGCAGAGAAAAUUUCGUCUGCUGAGAUUGGGAAAUCUCUAAAUGAUCUUGGUGUACUGUUUUUUAUCCAAAACAAUAAUGACCUGGCAAAGUCCUUUUUCAUGCGUGCCCUUGAAAUGAGAGAGUCGUUAUUUGGCCAACAGCAUCCCGAUGUAGCACAGUCGCUCCACAAUCUGGCCGCUCUUUAUAAUGAUCAGAAACUGUACGACGAGGCUGAAAAUCUCUACGAAAAAACAUUAGAAAUUCGUCGAAUGAAUUUCCCUUUGGAAAAUCCAAGCGUGCAAUCCACUUUGAGACACCUAGCUGGCUUGUAUCGCAAACAGGGAAAGUUCGAGAAAGCAAAGAAACUUUACAGGGAAAUAUUAGAGAUCCGAGAGAAGAGUCUUGGGGAACACCACCCAGGAGUUGCAACUGCUGUUAACAACCUAGCUGUCCUAAUGUGCCAAAUGAACAAACAUCAAGAGGCACUUCCGUUGUUUGAGAGGGCCAUCAAGAUUUAUGAAGAGCAUGUUGGUAUACAACAUCCCAGAGUAUCUGAAAUAUUGCAGAAUAUGGCAAAGCUCUAUUUAGAUGCAGGAGAAACACAAGAGGCUGCAAGGCUGUUUAAACAAGCCCUUGACCAAGGGCGUACAACAUACUACCCUCCAUCUCAUUUGCCACGCUCUUUAACACGAUUAAAAGAAAAUGAGUCUGACUCAAAGUUCAAAGACAUUGGGUCUCGGAGAUCCUCUUUCUCAUCAAUUGUGCGAAUACAGAACACAUCAUGACAGUAGGAGCUGCAAACAAGUGAUGAUAUCUGCGGAAACAAAAUUUCAGAUCUGCCAAUACAUAAUUGAAUUUGCGAAUUGGUGCUCACAUUUGGAACAAAGUUAGUAGACUAUGGUACUUAUUGGACUAUGUUCAUGUCAUUGACUUUGUGCUGCAACCGAUACAGAUAUCAUUAAUUUCAUGAAAACUGGGCAAAGUGUUUUAGACUCAGCAAGGCUUGUGACCGUUGAAUAAAGAUUUAUCUGUUCUUUUAUUCUCUCAUUGUAUAGGGAGUUAUUAGGGAGUCACUGUUUGGGGAGUGGUGAAGGUAUUUUAACUUUUAAAAUCUUUAUCAGUUUAUAUUGUUGUGCAAUUGUUUUUAUAGUUUUUUUCAUUGUAAAUAUCACUAGCAUUUUUAUUUAAAAAACGAAUUUAUGUAGCAGUAUUUGUAAGAUUUUGAAUUUAAUAUACUGUCUAUUAAACCCAUAUGAACUUUUGGAGACUGCAGCUUUAGUAGAUUACAGCUUCAAGACUUAAAGCUAUACAAUAUUUUUGACUUCUUUCCACCUUGUACCAAAAAGAGAAUUAUGAAAAUGCCUCAUGUAUACCUCUAAAAGUGAGAUACUAUGAAACUUUCAAGUUUAAGGCACUUCAAUGUUAUCAUAUUCCAUUUGGUUAUCAUAACAGAAAUAUUGUGCAAUUGCAAUUUGCAUUGUGGUUCAGCCCACAUGUGCCCUAUUUGCUUUCCCAGUUUCAACUAUUAAAAAGUAUUGUGGUAACCUUUUGAUAUAUUUCAAGUAUUUAUUUUUAAACAUUUGUAAAUAUUUAAUCUUAUUUAUUAAAUAUGUAAUUAAAUUGCAAUCAUUUUAAAUAUUUGUUGCCAUCAUAUUAUCAAUGUUCA